UUUAACAAUUGUUAUGAUUUAAUAAGAAUGAUGGAUUGCUAAUUCCGGCGGUUGUGAUAUUAGUGGAAAACAGCUAUCAAUACUUUUAAAAAAUAAAAGUUUUAAAUUAAGUUUGCGCUAACAAAGCGCAAUGUAUUCUUCUGCGAAAAAAUUGCAACGAGUGUUGUCCUCGCAAGAAAUACGCAAGACAUUCAUUGACUACUUUAAAAUAAAUCAUGACCAUAAGUUUGUGCGAUCCAGUCCAGUGGUGCCAUUUUGUGACCCUACGGUGGCUUUUGUUAAUGCUGGAAUGAAUCAAUUUAAGUCAAUUUUUCUGGGCAAGUCCCAACCGCCCUAUCCUCGGGUAACCAAUUCCCAAAAAUGUGUACGUGUUGGUGGCAAGCACAAUGAUCUUUCUAUCGUUGGCCAAGACGGCUAUCAUCACACUUUCUUUGAAAUGUUGGGUAACUGGUCAUUCGGAGACUAUUUUAAGCGUGAAGCCUGUGAACUAGCUUUAGAACUUUUGCGAGGUCCUUACAACAUCGAUCCUAACAGGUUAUAUGUAACCUAUUUUGCCGGAGAUAGGUUGUUGGGUUUGCCUGCCGAUUUGGAAUGCUUCGAAAUAUGGCGCAGCCUUGGAUUUCCAGCUGAAAAAAUAUUGCCUUUUGGUUGCAAAGAAAAUUUUUGGGAAAUGGGUGCUACUGGCCCAUGUGGACCUUGUACGGAAAUACAUAUUGAUCACUGUCCAACGGGUGGAAAAAGUCAUGAGCGAGCGAAAUUCGUCAAUGCUGAUAGACCAGAUUUAACAGAAUUAUGGAAUUUAGUUUUCAUACAAUACAAUCGCAAUGAAGACGGAACUAUAACUCAAUUACCAGCGCGACAUGUAGAUACCGGCAUGGGUUUCGAGCGACUAACUGCUAUUUUACAGAAUAAAUCAUCAAAUUAUGACACAGAUCUCUUUACGCCGAUUUUUAAUGGCAUCAAAAGGAUAACACACGCACCACACUAUAGAGGUAUAUUUCCAACCUCUGCGGAAGCUGCAACGUUGGAUACUGGGUAUAGAAUUCUGGCAGACCAUGCGCGCAUGAUAACGACGUGCUUAGCCGAUGGCAUGUUACCUGAUCAGAACCAAAAACUUCGCAGAGUUUUACGAAAAGCCUUUACUAUAAGCGAAAAUGUGUUUGCAAAUGAGACAUUGCUCUCACAAAUUGUACCUUUUGUUAUAGAGACUAUAGGAAUGGCAUAUCCAGAAAUGUAUCACAAACAUAAUUCCAUACUCGAAUUAAUAGCACAUGAACAAGAAGUUUUCAAGUCAUUGCGAGAAAGCUCUUCCAAAGCAUUUGCUGAGGUACUAACGGAAUUUCCAAACUUAGAAGAAGUUGAUUUAAUGGAGUGUCCUGGAUUUGUGCCAGCUUACAGAGAUUUUCAAGCACAAAAGAAAUUCUUCAAAAACAAUACGUUACCCGGUAAAUUUCUGUAUAAACUUACAGAUACUUAUGGUUUGACUGAGGAGAACUUUAAAAAGCUUGCAGAGUUAGAAAAUAUGGAAUGUGAUUUGCAUGGCUACCUCAAAGAAAUAACGAAUGCUAAGCUAAAAUCAAAAUCUUCCUUGAGCAACGGAAGUGGCAGUGGUGAAAACAAACUAGAAAACCAACGGAGGGUAAACGAAGCAUUACUGCAACUCACACAAAAACUGAGUCAAACAGAUAAUAGCUGGAAAUAUAAUUACAGUUACGAUGUAGCUAAAAAAAAGUACCAUAUACCUGCACUUUCGACUCAGGUACUCGGUAUGGUCUUCCGAGGAAAAGAAAUGGACACUGUUUCAUUAGAUAGUACGACAUCUGGGUUUUUAUAUAUUGUAACAGAUGCGAGUAAUUUUUACUAUGAAUCCGGUGGUCAACAAGCUGAUACUGGCACAAUCCUUUUAUUAACUGAAAAUGGAGAUCCUCAGCUUAAACUACCGGUUUUAGAAGCAAAAAAUAUAAAUGACUGCAUUGUACACGUCUGCGAAUUGCCUAAAUUGGAAAAGCACUUUACUCUGAAGACUGGCGAUCAAGUUGAACUUUUGGUAGAUGCGAAUCAGCGCGAACUGAUAACAUGCCAUCAUACAGCAACCCAUUUGCUAAAUGGUGCCAUUCGGUCGUUGUUCAAAAAGGUCACAUAUCAAGUGUCUAGUGGUGUUACAAGUAAGAACUGCAAACUUGAAGUGGGCCUAAUUGGUAAACGUAUUAAGAAGGAGGACGUUACCCGGCUAGAGAAUAUGAUUACGCAGACUAUAAAGUCCAAAUCGCCAAUAGAUGUUAAAACCAUAAAUGCUAGUGAUGUAUUGCAGGAGAAUGAUGUCACUAUGGUACCCGGUGAAAUAUAUCCUGAAACUGGUUUACGGUUAAUUACAGUAAAUUGUGAGGACUCCCAAUUGCUAUCAAAGGAAUUGUGCUGUGGGACUCAUGCUAUAAAUACUCAGGAACUGGAGUACUUCAGCAUAACAAAUUUAAGACAAACGAAUCGUGCACGAUACGCUUUUACUGCAGUCGCUGGUAUGGCAGCGGAAAAUGCUCUAAAAACAGCGGCCCUUUUGCAACAUCGCGUGGAUAUGUUAGAAAAACAAUUUAAUUCUGAUAAACUCACGAAUGCUACAGAGGUUGAAUUGCAAAAGAUACGGCAUCAUUUGGUGCACACGGAAGUUGCGCUGCCUUACGUUUUCAAAAUCGAUACAAUAGAACGCAUCAAUGAUAUAUUACGUCGGCUUAAGGAAACAACUCGUACAACCUUGAAAGAAUUUGUUGAGGUGGAAAUGAAGACAUUACUGCAAGAAAAACCUAUCGAGCAUCAUCCAUUCUUAGUGCACUAUCUCACGAGCUCAGCUUUGGUCGAUGAAGUGCCGCUACAAAGAGCUACUAAGCUUUGCUCAGAUCGUCCGAUACUCGUUGUCAGCAUGUGUGAUAGCAUUGUUAAGGCACGUUGUUGUGUUCCUAAGAAAUUUAUCAGCGAUCAGUUUGAUGCGGAGCAAUGGCUUAAAGAAUUCGCAACGGUUUUUAAAACACAAGUAGCCGCUCCGAAGGGCCAAAAUUCUGCGGAGGUGUGCAAUAUGAAAGGUAAAAAAGUUUCUACUCAAUUCGAAGAACAGUUGGAAGUGGCGAUCUCCAAAGCUCAGGCCUUUGCUGCACAACGUUUAUUGUUGUGAUUUUACUUUUAAUUUACUCAAAGACCAAAUUACUUUUGUCUCCGCUUUACUUACCUUCUAACGUAUGCUGAAACAUAAAUUCAUCCUAAAUAAAAAGCGUAUUCAGAAUAA